AUGUCAUAUCUCCUACUUAAAAUUCGAUAUGCCUUCUCUGUCUAAAGGGUACCGAAUGGGACUCAUUUAAUUGUUGGAUUGGGUAAUCCUGGGAAAAUUUAUGAAAAUACGAGACAUAAUGCUGGACAAUAAUUUGUUAAGCAUAUUGCUAAAGAGUUCGGCAUAAAAUUGAGUUAUGGUUCAAAUGGAUCUAUUGGAUCAUUUCAACACAUAAUCGUUUUUAAUCCCCUCUCAUUCAUGAAUUUUAGUGGUCAUGCAAUAAAAAAAAUAGCGGAUAAAGCUAAUAUUCAAACUAGCAAUAUUAUUAUUGUUCAUGAUGACCUAGACAAUUUACCAGGAAGAUGUAAGAUCAAAUAAGGAGGAAGUGCAGAAGGGCAUAAUGGGUUGAAAUCCAUUAUCUAAUAUAUGGAUGAUAAAUUCAUUAGAUUAAAAAUUGGAAUAGGAAGACCUAAUUCAAAAGACCCUGCAAUUGUUAGUGAUUAUGUGAUGAGCAAAUUAGAUUAUGAACCAUCAUAACAAGCAUUCAAAUAAGGAAUCAUGCUUGUAAGACAACUCUUUAAAUUUUGA